AUGUCAAUUAAAGUGGAAUCAACGUUCCUUGCUUUCAUCGUGCUUUUUGCGUGUAUCGCAUUAAUAAUACCGUCGUACCUCAUCAUUUUGGGCGUAAUAUCGCUCCUUUCGAAAUCAAGCUGCAGCGAUGAGACGGAAACGGGCGCUCUAUUCCCUGAAGCGAACGGUUCAAAUUGGGGCGACAAAUUGACGGUGUUUGCGAUGUUCUUCACCGUGAUACUGUGUUGCGCACUCGUGUGUGGGAUGGUCUUGAGUAACGAACAGUCCCAUUUAGCGGCAGCGAGCAGUCGAAACGUCGUCAACUGCGCCUGCGCAGACAUCGCCGCGUGGCUUUCGGUCGCGGCCCGCGAGCUUCACUACAGCCUGGUGCCGCCAAUCGACCUUGUGCUUUACGCUUACCAAGAGGACUUGAAAAACGUGGAUACAUUUCUUGGCGAGCCAAUACAACAUUCGAUUGCUUCAGAGAGCGGUAUAGACCUGGUCCUUGACUCCUUAGCUGAUAUAAUAGCAGAGAGUGAAGAUCUCUCAUCGAAAGUGGCUUCCUUACGUAACAUAAGUAUAAAGGCGGGGACGGUUGCGGCAUUCGCUUCGGACCGAAUAAACGAUCUCGCCCGACAAAUAGAUAACAUGAAGAAGCAAUGCUCCCCCAAAGACGCGCCACUCUGCGACACCGUCAACACGCAUUCGUUGGAGCUAAAAAUGAAAUUCAACUCGAUACUGAAAGAAGAACAAUUGAUGGACCUCCGGUCAUUAGGAGUUGACAACCUAACGCUUGCUAUAUCUACUGCAAAGCAAGAACUGCGUUCUCUACCGUCAGUUAUAUUAACACAAACCAAGGAAGUACGCAGCAGCAUCCUACGAGACAUAGAGAUUCGCAGGGAUAAAGUUCACAGCUCCGCCAGAAUCCUUAGCGACAUCGUGCGGUAUCUCACUGUUGGUUUACAUUCCUUCGCGAGGCAACUGGAAGCGGGCCUCGACCGAGUCGAGAGAUAUGAAUUUUGGCGAUGGACCUUUAUGUUAGCAUGCACCAUAGCUUGCGCUCUGGUUAUGAUACUAAUGUUAACAGCCAUGCUUUGUGGCUGUGGAAAUGCAAAAAUACAUGCCAAGAGGACUCUUCAAGUAUCGGCAGUUUGGACAUGCUUCGCCUCCUUGCUUUUAUGGGGCGUGAUUUCCGCAGUGUUUCUUAUCGCUGGCCACGCUGAGGUAUUCGCGUGUCACGCGCUUUGGGAUACUUCACAAUAUAAAACUCUGACGAGGAUUUUGGACCGACCAUCACCGCUGCUCCCGAACCAGGAGGGCAUUUUUGAUGCGCUGUUCAGAGAUCUUGAAAACGUCACUAUUGACGUCUCAGUAAGAGACGUCUUGAGGGACUGCGAAAGGAACCAACCAGCAUACGCCGUUUUCCAACUCGACAAAAUCUUGGAUGUCAACAAGGAGACGUCUUACUUCGAAUGGGUGGAGCUUCAAACGGAUCUGGGACGUUUGUCGUCUACCGUGGACGUCAGCUUCCUAAAAUCGAUAUCCGCUCCAUUCAACAGAAUACUCAAUGAGAUUCUGAUAAAAUCCAAUGUGAAUCUACCGCUAUAUAGGAUGGAAUACAACAAUGCGGUAGUCGGGAAGGACUUACCAGCCUUAGAAGAUCAAUUGGAGAACGUAGCAGCACAAGUGUCGGAUUUGACUACAUCAGGCAGACUGGAGACUUUGGCUAAGCGAACACAAAGGGUGUACCUUACGAACAUAAAACCACUGGAACAGCUACGAGCCGAACUGGUAUUCAAAUUGACAGAACUUGAGCUGCAACUAGUACCCUAUAGGAGGCGGUUAAACAUCUCACUGAGCCAUAUCCACACGGCGCAAUUCUAUAUCGACAACCAGGGUGACGUCAUUGCGCAGAAGAAGGUGUCAACGUACGUGUCCCGGCUAAUCUCGCAUGCGGCCGGGUGGCGAUCUCACGUACUGACUUCUACCGGGAAACAGGCCGCCCGAUGUCAGCCUCUGUUUGCGGUCUUCGCUGCUAUCCGGGCAUUGUUAUGCACUAAAUACGUCGCGUCUCUGCACGGCUGGUGGGUUUGCGGCGUUAUUUUGGGACUUCUAUGGUGCAUUCUUCUAACACCUUUAUGCGUUAAAUUGUGGCGAACAUACGAUAGAAGGAUCAACGCCCAAGACUUAAUGACUAUGACCAACUUUAACACCGCACCACAAGGAACACCGGAAACAGAGCCGUGCGAAAACGGCAGCUGGAACACGCCAGGGUCAGUACCUGGCCCUCCACCGCCACCGCGGGAUGACAAUUGG